GAUGAGAGGAACGAUGGGCUCAGGAGAAAGGGAUGAGAAAGCAACUGGCGUGGAAUCGCCGAAUGUGGCACCAAACCACGUGGUGGCAUUUACGCGCAUUUGGGUCUGGAAUCCUGCGAACAGCUGAAAUACCGAAGCGUCGAUCAGCUACAAUUGAACCGAUAAUUCACCUACAUGGCUGUGAGGUCUAUCAGCAGUCCUUGAAGAGUUCUCAGUCACAAGUAGAGCUCCUCGCACAGAGAGGAGUGGUGCUGAGCACAUCUACGCACUCAUGUCUUAUCCUCCCCCUCGAGAUACCGGCUCAAUCGCAAGGGAUGGAAGGAUCAAUGAGGACCAGGCGGACAGUCCGUUGAUGAAUGGUGAUGGCGAUGACGACCACAAUAGAGACGCGGGAAAUGGAGACGUGGAAGACGAGGAGGAGAAGGACUUGAUCCGGCGAUAUGAAGAUUUCAGCACAGUCGAUUGGAUUCAAGACUCAUUACAUGAGCGGAAUAUCCGUGCACGACAACCGAAGAGGUCCACCGGCAUCAAAGCAAAGUUGGAUCAACUAGACGGGUUGCCCGGAUACGCCUGGAGAGCUAUCGACAAGGUGUUGGAGGAAGGUCAGAGCUGGGUGGUGAUCUCAAUUGUAGGCAUCGGUAUCGGGCUCAGUUCGGCACUCAUGUCUCUCAUCACCGUCUGGCUGUCAGACAUGAAGAUGGGAUACUGUCAGACUGGAUGGUGGCUCAACCAAAAGUUCUGUUGUCUGGAAUUGGCAGAUGAAGGAGAAGGGUGCGCAGAGUGGAGGAACUGGGGAGGUGUCGAGCCAUUUCGAUGGAUAGCGUAUAUCCUCUUUGCGGGGCUGUUCUCGUUCUCCGCUGCUUAUCUCGUUCGAUCUUUUGCUCCUUACGCUGCUGGUUCUGGUAUAUCUGAGAUAAAGUGUAUCCUGGGAGGAUUCAUCAUCAAAGGAUUCCUGAGUGUUGAGACGUUCCUUCUUAAGACGUUGACCAUGCCUCUCGCUAUUGCAUCUGGUCUUUCAGUCGGAAAGGAAGGACCUUCAGUGCAUGUCGCUUGCAGUUUUGGCAACAUUGCUGCGAGGUUAUUUUCGCGGUACGACCGGAGUCAUCUGAAAAUGCGCGAAGUCAUCACUGCUUCUAGUGCUGCUGGAGUUGCAGUGGCCUUUGGUUCUCCAAUCGGGGGCGUGCUGUUUUCCAUUGAGGAAAUGAAUCAAACCUUUUCUACGCGUACCAUGUGGUACAGUUUCGUCUGUGCUCUGGUGGCGACAUUUACAGUCGCUUCGAUGGAUCCAUUCCGGACCGGCAAGCUCGUCUUGUUCCAAGUCUCUUACGACCGAGACUGGCAUUAUUUUGAAAUCCCAGCGUACAUCAUCAUUGGUUUGUUCGGCGGUCUAUACGGCGCUUUGGUCAUCAAAUUCAAUCUUCAGAUGGCUUCUUUCCGACGCAAACAUCUGGCGAAUCAUGCUGUACUGGAAGCGGUGACACUAGCAACGUUGACCGCCUUUGUCGGUUAUCUCAACCGAUUCCUCCGUAUUGACAUGACGGAAAGUAUGGAAAUCCUCUUUCAUGAGUGCGAAGGCGGAGGAGAUAGACGUGGUCUGUGCCAGACGUCUGCUCAAUGGCGUAUGGUCAACGCAUUGUUCCUCGCUACUAUCAUACGAACUUUCCUCAUCAUCGUCUCGUAUGGUUGUAAGGUUCCUUGUGGAAUUUUCGUGCCUUCCAUGGCCGUGGGCGCUUAUUUUGGCCGUAUGAUAGGCAUUAUCAUGAAGGCGUUACACACCUCCUACCCUGGAGCUCCUUGGUUUGCAACUUGCGCUCCUGAUGCGCCUUGCAUCACACCGGGGACAUAUGCAUUCUUGGGUGCCGCUGCUGCACUGGGGGGCGUCACUCGACUGACGGUGACUGUUGUGGUCAUUAUGUUUGAAUUGACCGGCGCACUGACUUAUAUUCUGCCGACAAUGAUCGUCCUUCUUGUCACCAAGGCGGUCAGUGAUUGGUUUGGUGGAGGUGGAAUCGCAGAUCGCAUGAUCCGCUUCAACGGAUACCCAUUCCUAGAGAAGGAAGACAAGGAGGAUGGUGACCAUGCAUUUAUCGAACCGAUUGCCAAUGUGAUGAAGAAGGACUUGACGUUCAUGCCAGCGUCGGGUGUGCCUUUGCAGAAAAUCAGCGAGAUCGUCCAAGGCACCUCGUACCAAGGCUUCCCUGUCGUACGAAGCGAGACAGACCGCACAGUCGUCGGAUUCGUUCGAAAGACGGAACUGCGAUACGCCGUCGAUCGAGCGAUGAGGACUCGCCACCUGUCAAACAAUGCGACCUGUACAUUCCAAUGCAUAGCUGAGGAAGCCGACAAGCCAAACGGUCUACUGGGGGAGCCAGAUAUCGUCAUUGCUCCGCGGAAAGUCAGCACAUCGAGGUCGAGAAGUCCUGUAGCGAGCAGGUCCGAGGCGCGGAGUAGUGCAGCUCAGGCGGAUUUGGUCGACUUUGGGCAAUAUGUGGACGAGACACCAUUGACCGUUGCGCCAAAAAUGCCUCUGGAGAUUGUCAUGCAGCUCUUCAGGCGGAUGGGGCCCCGGGUCAUUCUCGUCGUCAACGAGGGCCAGCUUGUCGGUUUAGUGACUGUCAAAGAUGUCUUGAGAUACGAAGCGACUUUGGCACAUCGAUCUUCUCACUCUGGCCUCAAUACACCCAUCACCCCUUCUUCGCGUAUGACACAUCGUCAACGAAACGCAGAAGGAUUCGGAUCAACAGAUAGCUGGGGUGAACGCUGGCAAUCGAUGGACGAUGGCAUGCGAGGAGGUGGCAAUGGAUUUGAAAUCGCACUGGAGGAAGCUCUCUCAUGGGUCAGAAUCAAAGGGACGAGAGCCUAUAAUCUUGUUUAUGAGCGGAUACGACCUGGUCGAACGUCGAGGACGAUGGACGAGAGGUACGAUUAUGAGUUGGAAGAAGGGACUGAAUGACUGGGGUCUCUCGAGCCUUGAUUCUUCACUGGUGUAUCCAUAUGGGUCUUUCACAUUUAUAGAAGAAUGCGACAUUUUUGCAUGCCAACGCAGA